AUGGUGCGAGAUGCGGCACGACACUUGGACGCUGACAGUAUUCAUAAAGCAUCGAUGUGCGCUAUGGCUAAGCUACACGUGACGGAAAACUGUUCAGAGAUUGUGAGCCAAGCCCUACAAAUGUUCGGCGGAUACGGCUAUUUGAAGGACUACCCGAUACAACAGUAUCUUCGAGAUUUGAGGAAACUACCAGAUGGUGAGGGUUUUUCCUCGGAACCGUUAGUCAAAGGUGCUACUUUUGUGUGGGUGAAGGGAACUGUCACUACGAACUUUGAGCAGCGUCAUGUACAAGGAUCUAAUGCUGCAAGUCUUCGCACGACAGCCAGACGUGAAGUCGAUACUACGAAGUCAAUGAAUCCAAAGUUUCUCAAUUGGAGCAGUUAUGUGGUCAUGGGACGACACGAAGGCCAACCUGUUGCGAAGAGCAUUUUCUGCUUUUUGAUUGAAGAUGGUAUGAGAGGGUUCUUACAAGCCAAAAAAGAAAGCAAACUAGGUUGGAAUGCUCAACUCACCAGUAUUAUUACCUUUGAGGAUGUUAAGGUACCCGUGUCAAACCAAAUUGGUCCCGACAAUUAUGGCUUCAACAUUGCCAUGGCUGGCAUAAAUGGUGGCAGAGUGAAUAUUACAGGCUUUUCAUUAAGAACUGUCCAAAAAAGUCUUGAUCUGGCAAUCGACCGUUUGAAGGUACGUGCGCUUUUGUGA